GGGGGCCAGCGGAACGGAGAGACCGACGUGCUAUUCCUCUUUGUACUCAACCAGAAGAGUUGAGGCCGGCUCUGCCUCCGCUGCCUUCUCCUUUUUUUAACAGAAGCAGGGAGUCUGGAUGCUGGAAAUAGCCCUAUAAGCCGGUUACCCGUCCACUUUAACAGCAACAGUCGGAGUGUCUUUGUGGAAGCGGACAUCCCAUGUCAGUGUCCCUUUGAGCCAUUUUGUACAACAAAAGGUUCAGCGACCGUUAUUUUCUUUUCUUUCUUUUUUUUUACCGGGGGGGAUUUCAAGUCACACACAGCUAUUUAUUUGUGGAACAACACUCCCAUUUUUUACACUUCCACACCUCCAGAUAGGAGGGGGGUCCAUUUUCCUUUUUUAAGAAAAGAAAAACCAUCCCCUAACCGAGCGACAAUGGCAGCUGUAACGAGCCCGGAGACAAGCCCUCAACCGCGGGUAUAUUUCCAGACGCCGGCCGGCACCACGGAGGAGCCGGAGACUCCCGUUAGGAAGCAGGGACGGGUUACCGUCAAAUACGACCGAAAGGAGCUGAGGAAGAGACUGAACCUGGAGGAGUGGAUCAUCGACCAGCUAACGGACCUCUACGACUGCGAGGAGGAAGCCAUCCCUGAGCUGGAGAUCGACGUGGAUGAACUGCUGGACAUGCCCAGUGACGUUGAGCGAGCAGCCAGGGUCAAGGACUUACUGGUUGACUGUUUUAAACCCACUGAGGAUUUCAUCUCAGAGCUGCUUGACAAGAUCAGAGGAAUGCAGAAGCUCUCUACGCCUCAGAAGAAAUGAUGGCAUCCAAACUUUCCCCACAUUUUCCCUUCCUCUCCAGCCCUCCGUCUCGUCUUCCCUCCACACCCCACGUUUUUAAUUUAAGGUCUUCUUCCUCUGUUUAAGGUCAUAAAAUGUUAGAAUUGUUUCUGGCCAUAAUUGUCUCGGUCGCUUCGUUUUGUUUUUGAGUUUUGUACCGUGAUGGAUCUGGACUUCUUUCAUCAGCAGAAAUUAAUAAUUCGCCUUGGGGCUUGUCUCUCCUCUGCCCUAUUGUUUCCUCUCCUGCCGUUACUGUACUCUUCCUCCUCUUCCUCCCAUCUUCCCAUCUGUCUGAGGAAGGAGCAGAGUCCCAUAAUUACUGUAAAAGCGGGGAGGAACAUGUAAAAUACGAAACAGAGUGAAAACUGAGGAUGAAAUACUUCAGCCUCCACCAGCGAGAUUAUGUGAAUAUUUUAACUUGUUUGAGAUGUUUUCCCUUUCCUGGUUCUGUUUGAGGGAGAUCGUCACUUCACUUAAUCUGUUUUAAUAACAUUUAUGGGGUUCUGUUUUUGCCGCCUAAGCACAGGUAGUGCUGCAAAAAGACUUUUUUGGUGUCUCUUAAAGGGCAUAUAUCAUCAUUUUAGCCACUUCAUCUGUGUCCAGACUCACAGCUCAGAAUAGUUGGAUUCAUUUCAUGACUAAAAAAAUAUGUUAAAAAAUAAAUAAAUAAAUAAAAAGUGACAGGAAGAGGAAAUGUAAAGCAGCUGAAAGUUGCUGAAGAGUGUAAAAUUUGGAUUCAUAAAGUGAGAAUUUAUAUGGUUCUCUUUCCAGCAUGGAAAAUGAAAUAUCCAAGAAAUUGGAGAUCUAACAAACUGGUAGACUUCAGAGGGAUUUAAAAGCUUGGUCAGGAAGUCUUCCUGUAAUUAACUAGAGUGGAGAACUUGGGAUAAAAAUCUGAACUAGUACAAUUAGUGCUCCAGUUCUGACCAACAUCUUUAAGAGUAACGAUGUUGGUCAGAAAGAAAAAAAAAUCUUAUGCUACGCUAGUUGUGGCUAGAAGGGAAGUUGAGAUCAAAUAAAAAAAUCUAAUCAAAUGUUAUUUGUACACAUUUCAGCAACAAGGCAUUUCAAAGUGCACAGAGCACAGUGAACAAUCGAAACAUCACAUUUUGCCAUCUUUACACAUCAGAUCGUUUAUUAGUAUCUCGAUUGUUGAUAGAGAUACUCCAUCUGUUCUCCUUCAUUUGACUUAUAAAUGAUGAAACAAACAAAAUCCUGCUAAUUAUUGAAAAAACAGCAUUUUCUUACAGGAUAAACUUUAUGCUCUCAAACAACCAUCACCUCGGUCUGGCUGUUGACUCCCUGCUUUUCGUCUCAUCUCAUCGCUUUGGCUCUGGUUGUUUCUUAGGGCAACACUUUUGAAAAUCUCUCACUCAGGAUAGCACAUAGAUUAUGUGCUAUCCUUCUCCACAUAAUCCUUAAAAAUGUAGUCCUGUGAUUACCAUGAGAGAUUUUCAGACUUUACGUAAUUGUCCAUAUAUGGUAGUGCCUUCCUGUUUCAGUAGGUGUGAUUCAAAAAAGUCUUAGAAAAGACUAGGAUGUAAUGUGUGUGUUUCAUAGGGUUUUCUGGCUGUAUUAUAUGAUGAUAUAUGCCCUUCUAAAUAAACCCAGCACUGUGUCAUUUUUGGGGGAAGAAAAUCUGAACCUCUGACCACAAAGCGUCGUGUAAAUCUAUCUUUAGUACAGCGAAGAGGAAACUUUGAUGCCUGGAAAUAGUGACUGAACCUUUACAAAGACUCACUGGUCAGGCGUUUGGCUACAAGGCCGGUUUUAGACCUUCAGAUAAAUGUUCUUGUUUUUAUUUGAAGCUAGACCAGAAGUGGGUUUUUUUCUUCUAUUCUUUUUUUUUUUAUUUUUAUAGGCUGCAUGUGAAUUUUGGUUCCUCAAUCCAGCCUGCACAUACACAUGUACGUCUGUGUUGCUAUUAGUGUAUGUUGCUACAUAAUGUACAGCAACAUCUGUCAUUGUAAGGAGUGUUUUUGGGCCUGUAUAUUCUGCUGUACGUAGGACAGAGUUGUCUGGGUUUCUUGGGGUAAAGGACUGGUUCCUUUUUUAUUUCUUGUUGUCAUACACACCCUGACAGUCGUAAAGAGGGAACCCUGUAAAAAGCUGCCUUUUUUAAAACCACAACACCCUAACGUCACAUUGUUCUGAACAGAGCAGUCACUUCUCUCAUCUUUAAGCCAUUUUUUUGUUUGUUUCUCUUCACUUCUCAUGGCAUCUGCCAAUCAUCUCAAAGAAUAAGCCAUCUGUUUCUGAUCGCCGACCAAUCAGAUCAGAGACCCGACACCCGCCGGCCAACGGCAGCAUCAUCAUGUUGCAGUUCGUCUGCGCCGACAUUUACCGGCAUUUUACCGUCUGCCUUUCUCUCUACUACGGCCCGUUUUCAGACUGCUGCUCUCUCAUUUCACUCCUUCCUACAUUUUAUCCAUUUCUCAACCUUUUCCCUUAAUUUACUCCAUUUACCUUCUUAAAAAAAAAACAAAAAAAACAAAAACAGAUGUUGCCUUAGGUAUAAUUUAUGUUACACAAACCAAAAAAAAAAGAAAACAGGAGUACUUCAGUUUUUUUGUUGUUGCUGAGCAGAUCUACUCUGCCUUGCAAAAAUGGGUUCAAAUUUUUCACAUUUUAUGACUUUUACAACCAGAAACUUCACUGUAGUUUGUUGGGAUUUUAUUUCGUAGAUUGACAAAGUGCAUAAUUGUGAACUGUAAGAAAAUCUGCUUUGGAAAACUACUUUUAAAGUUUAGAUGUCUUCAUCUUCUUCCACGUGUUUCCUGUCUUCGUUAUAUGGGUUGAUGCUAAUUGGACUUCUGGUGGUUUCGUGGUGCACCAUCCUAAUAAAGGCCUGGUUUAUAGUUUCCAUUCUACCACCUGAGCUGUGGACCUCUGCAGCUCCUACAGAGCUGCCAUUCCCCACUUGCCUGCUUUUUUGAUGAAUUUGCUUCUAUUGUAUUUUAGGACAUGUGCAACGCUCUCAUUUUGAUCUUUUCACUGUGAAAAAAUCGGAUUUGUGCUUCUUCCAUAAGUGGUACUAAUGCUGUGUUCAAGUUGUACUCUGAAUUGGAAAAGUCCAGCUUCCCCAGUCAGAACUCCCUCUGAAAUCAGAUUUCCCCCUGGGAAACUGGGAGCAACUUCAUUACCCCCAGUUAAGACUUGUACAGCGUACUUUCUGCUGCAAUAUGGCCGCCUCUCGCAUCAACAGCAGACAUCUGUGGUGGAAACAUGUUUAUUUAACAAGACACAUAUCUAAGAUUGCGUCUAAAAUCAAUGUAGCUUUAAACUGGACAAAUCAGAAGUGGAGUUUGCUUUUGGAAAGUAAAUAAUGUUUGGGCGCUGCCAUGUUGAAAUUCCGGCUUAUUAAUUUGACGGCUGUUUCCUUUGUUUUGACGUCAAACCCUACUGAGAAUUCCCAGGUAACUGGAACGCCACAUUAACCGCAUUUGAUAGUUUUCAAAGCAUUUGCAGUCUGAACGGUGAUAUUGCAUUUUAUCCCACUUUGAAGUCACUGACGUGAGACUUUUGUCAUAAUUCUGCACCAGAUGAACCCAGACUCUGUAAAUCAGGAUGUAAACAAUGGCCGACGCUAACAGUGACGACACUUAGCUUUCUGUGUUUUAGAUUCCUUUGUCUUGUUGUGAUCUUGUAACGAUACUGUCGACUCUUAUUGCUCAAUAAUUUUCAUAAGCGGCACCGUCUGUUGCUACUUCCAUAAACAUCUCAAUGCUUUGGGAUCGUACCCAAAAGUCUGACUGCGCUUGCAUUUAAUUAGUAGAAUGAACACUCACUUAAAACAAAAUUGAAAUCUGAUAUUGGAAAAAAAAAGUCAGAUUUGAUCAUCAGGCACUGCUGUGCUAAUUUUAAGUGUUUAAGUUUUCGUAAGGCUCCCUUUUCAGUUGACAGAGCUCUGUGAGAUGAAUGGGAUUUUAUUUUGGGCUGACUACAGAUGCAUUCCACACUUGUGAGAUUUUAUUUGUAGAUAUCUAAAUUAUUUUCUUCCCACUUUACAAUUAUCCACUACUUUGAGUUUACCAAAUGAAAUCCUAUUUUAACUCUGAGGUUUGUGGUUGUAAUACGAAUAAAUGGAAAGUUAAACUCUUUUGUAAGACCCUCUGCUUCAUGUGGAGAAUCUCUGAUCUAUCGCUCCUUGUAUUGAAAUGUUUUCUUUUUCCUGUUAGAAGUGAGUGUUUAAUACUUAGGCCUUUAUAAAGCGACUCUGUUUAGGUAAGCAAUGCUAUUCACACAGACCUGUUUAAGUCUGGUCUGUUUUUAUCUUGAUCAUCGCACCUCUUGAUGCCAAGCCUUGAAACAACAUUUAGUUGAACAAAAAAAUCCAUUCAGAUGCAUUUUUCUGGUGCGAUUGCUUUUGCCUUUAUCUGUGGCGUUUCCAGACUGAGCUCCCGGCGGUUCCUCUGAUUGGUCGGAUUGUUUUAGGCAACAUCAAUCAGUAGCUGAGUGGAUUUUUGUUUCUAAAUUCAGGUUUUGGAUUAUAUAUUAUAUAUAUCUUCUUAGACUGUUAUCGAUAUGUCUGUUUUUUGUUUUUUUUUUACUGUUGGGGAAAAUUGCAAAAAAUAAAAAAGUAAAAAAAAAAAAGUCAAGUGAUUAUCAUUGAUGCUAAAUACAAGAGCUAAACCAUGCAGAAGGAGUAAUGGUGGAGGUGUUUUGCUUUGGGGUUUUUUUGACAAUGAUUAGAAAAACAAAUGUAGCAAUAUCAACAACAGGUUUUGUUUUUUGCCCAAUUUUGUUACUCUUUUAUGCAACUUUAAUAAAAACAUUUGAAAUUGA